AUGUGUCCAGAAGGAGAUGACAACACCGACACCGAAAGUCACCGCUCCAGUCGAAUAACUGCUGAUCCGGACCUGGAAGAUGGUGAUAAUGACUCGGCAUAUGGAGACGAAGCCUUGACUGAAACCACCUCUAUAUCGUCGUGGAUAAGGGACUACCGCGUAGAAAAUGGGCGGACCUACCACGCCUUUAAGGAUGGGAAGUACUGGGGCUCGAACGACGAGGAGGCUAAUCAGCACCAUGAUAUCGGCCACAACCUGUAUCUGAAAACCCUCAACAACCGCCUCUUCCUCGCGCCCAUCAAUCCCAACCCAUCUCAGAUCCUCGAUCUCGGCACUGGCACCGGGGCCUGGGCCAUCGAUGUCGCUGACAUAUACCCUUCGGCCGUGGUCACCGGGACAGACCUCUCUCCAAUUCAACCCACGUGGGUGCCGCCUAACGUACGGUUCGAGAUUGAUGACAUGGAAUGUGAAUGGACGUACGACUCCAACUUCUUCGAUCUCAUCCAUAUUCGCGGUCUUCAUGGCACCAUCCAGGACUGGCCGGCCUUGUACGCGCAAUGCAUGCGCUGUCUUAAGCCCGGCGGAUGGCUCGAGCAGGCGGAAUACUCGGCGCAAUUCACCAGCGACGACAACAGUAUCCCUCCGGACGGUGGCAUUGUAGCAUGGAACAAGGUCGGCCCCGAAUGUCAUGCCAAGCUGAAGCGGGAAUUGCAGGUCCUGGAGACCAUGAGCCAACACAUGAUCAAUGCAGGCUUCGAAUCCGUCACAGAGCGCCGGUACAAGUGGCCCAUCGGACCGUGGCCCAAAGACCCGAACUUCAAGCAACUUGGCCAGUGGUGCAGAGCACAUAUCGAGACAGGCCUGGAGAACUGGACACUGAGGUUGCUGACGAGUGUGUUGGGGUGGACCGCCGACGAAGUCAGAGCCCUGUGCGCCACUGUCCGGAACGAACUGCGAAAUCCCAAGGUCCAUGCCAUUCACCGCAUGAACAUUGUAUAUGCGAGGAAACCCGAUAAUGCAAGAUGA